AUGGCGGAGAACGCUGUUAGUCAAGCUCUUAAAAAGAUUGAAAUCUUUGUUGAGGGCUUUCUUUCGUCCCCAAAUGGAGAUUCGUAUGGACUGGUGGAGUAUUUAGUCGCUGACGAGGGGAAAUUAAAGUGGUUGGCCUCUCUGGAGGACUUAAAAUUGUUUAUAGAAUCUUCGCUUCGCAUCGACGGUAGAUGGUCAUCACCGGGUGGCAACGCCAAAAAAUUUACGCUCAAAUCAGUCGAACCUGAUCAGCAGUUUGGCUUCGUUUGGUAUUGCAGAAAGCAGAAUACGAUAGUGUUUCAGGGCGAUCCUGAGAGCGUUGAAGCAGCGAAAUCAAAACUUAUAUCGAUUGCAAACAAACAUGUAAACAAAGAGACUACAUCGAUCGCGGUGAGUGAACAGUUAUUUGAUCAGGUGGACCUACAAGCGCGUGGAGUUGAUUGUGAUGGUCCUGAUCGGCGGGAGCAAGACCUGAACGUAACUUUAGUGGUUAAUGAAGAGAGCCAGACUGAAUAUACUUCGGGUUUAAUAAAUGGAUCAUCGACUCAGUAUGUAUGUGCGUGUACAUGUAGUCAAGGUGAAAUUAUUGCAGAAAUAGAGGGUAUUAAGCUAGAUUUGGCGAUCUUUAAGUCGCAGUCUUGUUUCGGUACAGAUAAUCAAUAUGAUUCUAUGCAAUCUAACAUUAAGUCAUUGCAAUCUACACAGAAAUCCCUUAAAAAUAUUAUUAAAACUCAAGACGAGACAAUAAAUUCACUUCAACAAGAAAUAUUUGUAUUUAAGUCCAAGCUUUUGUCCUUGGAAACGCUAUUGUUUAAUGUUAAUCCUCAAUUGAACGCUUCACUUGAUCUUGAUAGCCAGAUACAAUGCACUGCGAAAAUAAAUCCCCAAGGGUCCAAUAAUGAUGUUGGAAAGAGUAAUUGCGAAAUACUAUUACCCACGCACUCGAAUAAUAAUCAGUCUACCAACGAAAAUCUACCAUCUGAAAAUGGUAUGACGAUUUGUAGUUCGCCAAAAAGUUAUUUUAAUAUCAAUGCUAAUGACCCUUCUCCACUUGUGAGUGAUGUUGUUCCUGUCCAACCUGCGAGUAAUGCAGACUUAAUGCCUAAAAGUUCUCUUGGUGUAGAAGUUAAUGUCUCUGUCCCAAAUGUGAGCGAUGCAAACUUACCGCCAACCAAUGAGAUGCAAGUUCCCAAAAAUGAAACGCCUUGUCCGUUUAUUUUGCGGCGUGGCUGGUGCUUAAAAGGUGAACAGUGCGACUUUUCUCAUCGCAAUAUGGUUAAUAAUGAUCAAGCUCGCCAGCAUUCCGACGAUAAAAAAGGCUCCAUAUUUUGUCCGUUUCUACGUAAGAAGGGCUAUUGUUUGAAAGAAUCCAGAUGUGAUUUUUCCCAUGUCGAACCCUAUUCGUAUCCAACUGGAAAUCAUCCGGUAACAAAUGAUAACUUACAAUGCCCCCAAUUACAUCCUUUUUUAGGAAGUCACGACCUACAAAAUAUUCCGACUUUGAUGCGCCAACUCGAGACAAGAUUACAGAGUCUCGAGUAUGCUCAAAUACCUCACCCCCCUUACCACCGGUAUUCAGUGUCUCAACCGCUGUUCCCUCCACCAAAAUCAAUGUAUCCACGACCACUAAUAAUGACCCCAGUUCAUUCCCCUCAGUAUUUACGUCGCCCACGCGACAAAAUGAACGAGCAGUAUCCCCCAAAUUACCGUCUGCGCCCACGCGACAUAACGAACAAGCAGUAUCCCCCCAAUUAUCUUCCGAGGCCAUGGUUACCCCAACCCUGGCCAACACACCCACCAUUUCCACGUCGUAUGUAGCUCGUGAUAACAAUUUCCCGCUCCCUACCCUGCUGGUGGCCAAUGUCCGUUCUAUAAUUAAUAAAAUAGACGAACUAGAGUUCGUAGCUCAAAUUAACCAAGUUGAGGUCAUAUGCAUUACUGAAUCUUGGCUUAACACCUCUGUUGUGGACUCAAUGACUUCGUUAUCGAACUUUAUCCAAUUCAGAAAUGAUCGCACAUACUCCUGCGGUGGCGGCGUUUCCAUUUAUAUUAAAGAAGAGAUUUACUGUAGGAGGCUCGAGCAUUUCGAGGAUUCAGCCAUUGAAUCCCUAUGGUUACUACUUAGACCUAAGCGUUUACCAAGAUCUAUAUCCGCUCUUCUACUUGCAGUCAUUUACCACACCACCUCCUCCGGCGCCAACGAGAACCUUGAACUGUACAACCAUAUCCAGCGUAAUGUUGAAUCCUUCCUUUCUCUGCAUCCUGAUGGUCUCGUGUUUGUGACUGGGGAUUUUAACCCUCUCAGUACAUUAUUUGAUGAAAAACGGUUGAAAAGAUUGUCCGGUUUAACUCAAAUUAUUAAUGUCCCAACACGUCACAACGCCAUAUUGGAUUGGUGUCUCACAAAUGCCAAGAAAGUCGUUUUUGAUGUAAGCCAGCUUCCUCCUAUUGGCUCGAGCGACCAUAAUGCCAUUUUAAUAAAACCCCAUAAAGAUCGUCUGGAGAAUUCGUGUAAUAAACGAGUAUGCAAAAGAGAUUUAAGAGAUAGCAGUAUAAGACAUUUUGGUCAGACUAUUACAUCUACCGAUUGGACGGAGAUAUUCGAAAUACCUGAUCCUAACAUGAAGUACCGGAGAUUUAAUGAGGUAGUUUCUGCAAUGAUGGAUUGUUUUUUCCCCAAUAAACCAACUAGUGUUAGGGAAUCUGAUAAACCAUGGAUGACGUCAUCGCUUAAGUCCUCCAUUAGUAAGCGACAAAAAUCACUUCAUAAGUACGGAAGAAAUUCACAAGCAUAUAGAUUUUGGCGCAAUAGAGUUCAACGGGAUGUUAAAGUGGCACGUAGAAAGUACUAUGCCAAUUCCGUGCAGAAGUUGAAAAGUGCAAACCCUUCCAGAUGGUGGAAAGAGGUUAAAUCCAUAGGGGGCCUCUCUUCUCGGGAAUCUUGGGUACAUCAACUACUUUCUGAAGUAAACCCCACCUGUGAGGACCUUGCUGAGUCAUAUAACGGAUAUCUUGUUGGACUUACUUCGCAUUUUAAACCCUUGUUAGAAUGCACCGAUGACCAGGAGACAGAAGUUCCCAACCAUCUACUCGUAAAUAUAGGGCAAGUUUAUUCAGUGUUGCGACGUCUUAAAACGACGAAGUCUCCUGGCCCAGACGGUAUCCCAAAUAGGAUCCUGAAAACCUUCGCUUUUGAAUUUGCCCCUAUCAUAAUGGACAUAUACAAUACAUCAGUGCUCCAGGGAGUCUUCCCUGAUCAGCUAAAACGUUCUAUCGUCGUUCCCAUUCCAAAAGUGUCACCACCUCAGACUAUUGAGGACGAUUUAAGACCUAUAUCACUCACAGCUCAGGUAUCUAAAGUGAUGGAAGGAUUUAUGCUACAGUCCCUCAUGUCGGAAGUGGGUCUUAAAUUGGACCCAAAGCAAUUUGCUCUUCCGGGAAAGUCAACCACUCAGGCACUCGUUUAUCUCCUCCACUUGAUUCAUGCUGCUUUAGAUCAAGGCCACUGCUCUGUAAGAAUCUUUUUUGCUGAUUUCAAAAAAGGUUUUGAUCUCGUCGACCAUAAUGUCAUUAUUGAUGAACUUUUAAAAUUACAAGUGAGUCCUGCCAUUAUAAGAUGGAUAAAGUCGUUCCUUACCUCCCGCGAACAGUGUGUUAAAAUCGGACCAUCCUUUUCCUCAUGGAAACCUGUUAACGGUGGCCUACCUCAAGGAACUAAACUUGGCCCUCUUCUCUUUGCCAUUUUAGUCAAUUCCCUCCUACAGGACUGGAACGGGCGGAUAAAGUUUGUAGACGAUGCUACUGCACUAGAAAUUGUUCCACGUUGCUCUCCUAGCUUGCUACCUAUUCUCGUAAAUGAUGUAUCUCAGUAUACCUCAAGUAGAGGAAUGAAGCUUAACAGUAAGAAAUGUAAGGAGAUGACAAUAUCCUUCCUCCAAUACCACCUUCCACUUGAUAAUGCGAUCUAUAUAGAUGGUUCGCUAGUGCAAUCAGUAUCCUCCUUUAAACUGCUCGGUGUGCUACUGAGAGAGGAUCUAUCUUGGUGUGAUCAUGUCGACUAUGUGAUUAAAAAAGCAAAUUCUAGACUCUAUGCAUUGCGGAAGUUAAAAAAGGCUGGGUUAAGCGAUAAAGACCUUGUCACUAUAUAUUCCUCCUUCAUUCGGUCCCGAAUUGAGUACGCUUCACCUGCGUGGUCAACGCUGACCCAAGGCCAGUCUGACCUUAUCGAAUCGAUACAGAGAAGAGCAUUACGUAUCUUGCUUCCCGAAAUGUCGUAUCAAGACGCAUUGAAUUAUACUGGUCUAAAAAAGUUAAGUACGCGUAGACAUAAUUCCUGUGAACAAUUUAUUCGGAAAUUGAAGCUUGACAAUGGUCCUAUAAAUCCUCUUAAGGAUGUUGUUGCAACUCGUAUACAUCCAAAUACUCAUAAUUAUAAUCUUAGGUCCGAAUCAAGCUGGUCACUCCAAACGAACACAGAACGGUUUCAAAAUUUUAUAACUGUCAAAUAUAAUUAUUAA